UCAAUCUUUCUCGGUUUAGAUAUAUAUGGCAAACUUCUGAGGUCCGAGAUCCGACUUCUACCUCAACACCAAACCCUCAAGCAAGAAGGCAGCAUGUCGCUCCUCCCAUGGCCGUUAACACUCAUCAUCACCUUCCUCACCUGCUUCCUGCCAUAUACACAAGUUCAAGAAGCGACAUCUUCCGUCAAUCCCGCUCCCUUGGGGUCAUCAUGCAUCCCAGGAGAGGCAGGAUACUACGACUUGGGCUUGCACGUCGCGAGCGUAUUCGUCCUACUCGUCGCUACUGCACUAGGCGUUUUCUCGCCCGUAGUCUUGGGAGAUAUGGGUAAUAGGAACGGAUGGUUCGGGACUACAUUCUUUACACUCAACUACUUUGGUACGGGUAUCAUUAUCAGUCCAGCAUUCUGUCAUCUACUGCACAACGCGAUUGUGGCUUUCUUCAUCCCCUGCAUUGGCGAGCUGUCUUAUUUGCCCACAGCACCGUCGAUCGUCAUGGCAUCCAUGCUUGUCAUUUGGUUCGUGGAUUUCUUCGGAGCUCACUCUCGACAACACCACCCACCCCCCGAGGACGUCUCUCUACUGACGCAUCAUCAGAUAAUCAUGAAAGAUGCUGAAACCGCUCAAUACACACCACGACAUGCGAAUCCCCUCUCGCAAAGCGAGAGCGUUGGUGGCGGGGAUGAUUGAUAUGGGUGUUAUGGGGAAAUGGACGUGAGCUUGUGUGUGGUUGGGGUUGUGAGAUGAAGGCAUGUCUUCUUUUAUAGAGAGACACAACUUGUUGGUAUAUCGAGAUGCAUAUAAGGUUUAAGCA